AUUUAUUAAUCACUAAAUAACGUAUAAUGAACUGGCUUUUUACUGUGUAGCCUCAUUCUACUAAAACAUCAGUGUCUUGUCUUUUUAAUCUCCAGAGUUUCACUCUCCUCACUCCAUGGCUUUCCUUUUGGAAAAGUGAAAAGUGGAAAGUGAAACGCUCGUUGAAAUGGGAUUUUAAGUUUUGAGCAGCGUGCGCCUGCACUCAGCUCUGGAAUGCGUCUCAGCUUUCUUUUCUUUUCCAUGAGAGGAGGACAAAGGAGAGGAGAUGGUCAAAGAAAUCAUGAUGACUUUUGCAGACUCAUCAUGUCUGGUCUUGUUUACACUGGGGGGUCGUAAGACAUAAGCCAGCUGACUACUGCUAAGAGAAUCCAUUUUUACCACGGCACUUAAACUAUUGUGCAGCUGCAAACAGUCUGUCCUCUGUCCCCUUCUCCCUCUGCAGGUCGUGUAUUUUGGAGAUAGCAUGAGGUCGGAUAUGUUCCCUGCCAGCAGCUUUGGGAAGUGGGAGACAGUGAUGAUCGUGGAGGAAAUGGAGGGGGAGGGCGUCCCGAAGAGUGACGCGGCGAAGUGUAAUGAGGCCCAAGUGGAGCCGCUGGAGAAAAAGGGAAAGUUUGAGGAGCAGGGCAUGAAGGCUCCGUCUGACGUGUCCCAGCAGUGGGGCUCCUACUUCGUGGACUCACAAGGCAGCGGAGGGGGGGGCGAGGAGAGCCAGAAACUGACCUGGUGCUGCCACUGCAUCCACAAAUACAGCACCAUGGCCAUCCCCAGUGUGGAGCACAUAGCAG